AUGUCACCGAAAAAGUCCUGGAGGACAUACACGGCAUAUCCACAUGCCAACGCAGCUACCAUGGACGACCUCGAAUCCCUUGAAAUCCUCUCGUUGGUCUCUAAAGUCACCUCCGAGCUCCAAAACCAUCUUGGAAUCAGCGACAAGACCCUCGCCGAGUUCGUGAUCGCACAAAAUACACAAUGCAAGUCCCUGGAGGAAUUUCAGAAGAAGCUGGAGGCGAUGGGGGCGGACUUUCCACAAAGUUUGAUAGAGAGCAUAGAUCGCCUCGUUCAUACUAUGCAUCCAAAGUUCAAGGGGGGGAAUUACUCAAAUGGGCAGGAACCUGAAAACGAGUCGCGCAAAGUACAGGAGAAGACUAAGGUUUUCAAGGGCCUGGCACUACCCGACCAAGAGGUGCCAUGGGAGGAGAGUGUAGAGGAUGGACACACCGAUGGAGACAAAGAUCCUGGGGCAGAUGCCAUAGAUGAUACCCUUGCUCUCCUUGAGGGUCUCGAAGGUAAAGUCCGGACAGAGAAGCCUACGAAGACGAGUCGGAAACGAAGCCGAAGUCCGGAUGAAGACUAUAAUAGAGGUCGCAGCCGGAAAGAGAGAUAUAAGUCGCGGUCCCGGUCGCGCUCUGGUGAAGAUACUAGGAGACGAAGGAGGAAUGGCUGCGAGGAUGAAGACGAAUUUGGGCGCUCCCGGAAUGACCAUAAGCCCUCACGACGGAGGCGAGAUGAUGACAGGCAGUUCCAGAGACCUCCGACUCCCGAACUUGACGAUGAGCCUGUAUUAUACAAAGUUUAUGAUGGGCAUGUCACAGGCGUUAAAGACUUUGGGGCCUUUGUGAAUGUUCAUGGCGUUAAAGGGAAGGUGGAUGGACUUGUCCACGUAUCUGCCUUGGUCGAGGGACAACGUGUCAAUCACCCUUCGGACUUGGUAUCGAGAGGUCAGCCGGUUAAGGUCAAAGUUCUGAAAAUUGAAGGUUCAAGGAUAGGACUGUCGAUGAAGGAUGUGGACCAGGAGACUGGAAGAGAUCUGGCUCCGCAGGCUAGGAUACAAUCUGGUGCGAAUAUGGAAAGGCUUGGAGGGAGUAGGGAUGAGUACGGUUUGAUAGAUGAGAAACCUGUCGUCUUUGAAGACAAUACUUACCAAAAUAUGCGAAAGAACAAGAAGAGAAUGACAUCACCUGAACGGUGGGAGAUUCGGCAACUUAUCGCUUCUGGUGUCGUCAAAGCAUCUGACUAUCCAGAUCUGGACGAAGACUACAACGCCACCCUCAACGGUGAGGGCGAGAUGGAACUUGAGGAGGAUGUGGAUAUCGAGCUCCGAGAGGAGGAGCCACCCUUCCUUGCGGGACAGACAAAGCAGUCUCUUGAAUUGUCUCCUAUUAGAGUUGUGAAAGCGCCAGACGGGUCUAUGAAUCGAGCCGCCAUGGCUGGAACUACUCUAGCAAAGGACCGCCGGGAGAUACGGCAACAGGAAGCCCAGGAUAAAGCCACUGAAGAAAGCUCCAAGGUCGACUUGUCUGCGCAAUGGCAGGAUCCCAUGGCCGCCCCUGAUGGGAGAAAGUUCGCUAGUGACUUGAGGAGUAUCAAACCUCCGCCGGCUGACGAGACCCUACCGGAGUGGAAACGAGCAACGCAGAGCAAGGAUCAAUCAUUUGGGCGUAGGACGGACAUGACUAUCAAGCAGCAACGAGAGUCAUUGCCAGUUUACAGGUUCCGCUCAGAGCUCCUCAAGGCUGUUCAUGAAAAUCAACUGUUGAUUGUAGUUGGUGAUACCGGCUCAGGAAAAACAACGCAGUUAACGCAAUACUUGGCCGAAGGUGGCUUCGCAAAUAACGGCAUAAUUGGCUGUACUCAACCUCGCCGUGUAGCUGCUAUGUCAGUUGCAAAGCGUGUGGCAGAGGAAGUUGGCUGCCAGCUAGGCCAGGAAGUUGGCUACACGAUCCGUUUCGAAGAUUGCACCUCUCCCGCGACAAAAAUUAAGUACAUGACCGAUGGAAUGUUGCAGCGCGAGGUCUUAAUGGACCCUAAUUUAAAGAGAUACUCUGUUAUCAUGUUGGACGAGGCUCACGAGCGCACUAUCGCCACCGACGUUUUGUUUGCCUUGCUCAAGAAAACUUUGAAACGUCGCCCUGACCUAAAGGUCAUCGUGACAUCUGCAACUUUAGACGCUGAUAAAUUUUCGUCCUACUUCAACGAAUGUCCUAUCUUCUCUAUUCCAGGGCGUACAUUCCCUGUGGAAAUUAUGUACUCCCGGGAACCCGAAUCCGAUUAUCUUGAUGCGGCAUUAGUUACUGUCAUGCAAAUACAUUUGACAGAGCCCCCUGGAGAUAUCUUGCUCUUCUUGACUGGACAGGAGGAAAUCGAUACCAGUUGCGAAAUUUUGUUUGAGCGUAUGAAAGCGCUUGGGCCUAGUGUUCCCGAACUCAUUAUCCUCCCGGUUUACUCAGCUUUACCAAGUGAGAUGCAAAGCAAGAUUUUCGACCCUGCCCCUCCGGGAAGCCGUAAAGUUGUUAUUGCCACCAAUAUUGCCGAGACGUCUAUCACGAUCGAUCACAUCUACUAUGUUAUUGACCCCGGUUUUGUUAAGCAAAACGCAUAUGAUCCAAAGCUUGGCAUGGACUCACUUGUCAUAACGCCCAUCUCACAAGCCCAGGCAAAACAGCGCGCUGGACGUGCAGGCAGAACGGGCCCAGGAAAGUGUUUCCGUCUUUAUACAGAAGCUGCAUUCCAGUCCGAAAUGUUACCAACUUCAAUCCCGGAGAUUCAACGGCAGAAUCUCUCGCACACUAUUCUGAUGCUGAAGGCUAUGGGAAUCAAUGAUUUACUACAUUUCGAUUUCAUGGACCCUCCGCCAACGAACACCAUGUUGACAGCCCUGGAGGAGCUAUACGCGCUAUCUGCCUUAGACGACGAGGGUCUCCUGACUCGCCUGGGACGCAAGAUGGCCGACUUCCCCAUGGAACCAUCUCAAGCAAAAGUUCUAAUCGCUGCCGUUGAUUUGCAAUGCUCAGACGAAAUAUUAAGCAUUAUAGCUAUGUUAUCUUUACCAACAAUUUUCUACCGCCCUAAAGAGAAACAAGCCCAAGCCGAUCAAAAGAAAGCAAAGUUCCAUGACCCUCAUGGCGACCAUCUUACUCUCCUCAAUGUCUACAAUGGAUGGAAGCAAAACAAGUUCGCCAACCCCUGGUGUUUCGAAAACUUCAUCCAAGCCCGCUCCAUGCGCCGAGCAAAAGAUGUCCGAGACCAACUCGUCAAGAUCAUGGAACGCUACAAACACCCCGUCAUUUCAUGUGGUCGCGACACACAGAAAGUACGACAAGCCCUCUGCUCUGGCCUUUUCCGCAACUCCGCUCGCAAAGACCCCCAAGAAGGCUACAAAACACUCCUGGAAGGCACGCCCGUGUAUCUCCAUCCUAGCUCCGCGCUCUUUGGCAAGCAGGCAGAAUGGGUCAUAUACCAUGGGCUUGUGCUGACGAGCAAGGAGUAUAUGCACUGUACGACGGCGAUUGAACCGAAGUGGUUGGUGGAUGCCGCGCCGAGUUUCUUCAAGGUUGCUCCAACGGAUAAGUUGAGUAAGAGGAAGAAGGCGGAGAGGAUACAGCCACUGUAUAAUAAGUUUGCUGCGGAGGAUGAUUGGAGACUAAGUGCUCAGAAGAGGCAAGGCAGAGGAGGUGGAGGUGGGACUUGGGGUUAG